CCGACGACAACCACAAUUCGAAAUGGCGGCCAACAAAGAGGAACAGAAGCCCCAAAAGGCGAGCAAGUACUACCCGGCUGAGGACGUCGCCGUCCCCAAGAAGGCCCGCAAGACCGUCCGCCCUGCGAAACCCCGGGCUUCCCUCCAACCCGGUACCGUCGUUAUCCUCCUCGCUGGUCGUUUCCGCGGCAAGCGCGUCGUUCUCCUCAAGCACCUCCCCCAGGGUGUUCUCCUCGUCACCGGUCCCUUCAAAGUUAACGGCGUUCCUCUGCGACGGGUAAACGCCCGAUAUGUCAUCGCUACCUCCACCACGGUUGACCUGAAGGGCAUUGACUCCAAGGUCUUGGACAAGGUCAGCGAGGAUGGCUACUUCACCAAGGACAAGGCCGCCCACAAGCCUGGUGAGGACUCGUUCUUCAAACAGGGCGAGAAGCCCGAGAAGAAGGAGACUUCCAAGGACCGUGUUGAGGACCAGAAGUCUGUUGACAAGGCUCUCCUAGCCACCCUCAAGAAGGAGGCUCACCUCAUCGACUACCUUAGCGCCAGCUUCAGCCUCCGCAGCUCAGACAGGCCACACCAGAUGGUCUUUUAAGCGACGGGUCACGACGGUCAAUGGCGUUCAGUGCAUGGGAUGAAAGAUGACUUGGGCACGUCGAGCCGCAACAGCGGUCUAAACAGCGUCGGCACGACAGCCAAUUUUUUCUUCAUGGAUGGUACCGGUCUGCAUUUACUAUAAGACUUGUAACGAGCAAGCGAAUCCAAAACGGUCCGAAAGUGAA